GGAGGUAGUAUAGCUCCUGUCGUGCCACGCGGCCAACAGUAUCAACUUGAGAUUCGCGCCGGGAACAUCGCUUGCGCGAGUUUUGACCAGUUGCACGUGCUUUUCACCAAGUGUACAUAAGUAAUAUAAUACAAUGUAUUGUAUAAAUACAAGUGCGUAGGUCAGUGUGAUGAGACGUCUCGAGUCAAUGAAUUGUGAGUAGUGUUUCUGGAGCUACUGGUGGUGAGGACGCGACAUGGCCAGGAGUCUCAGGUAUCCUCUGCCGGUGUUUUUGCUGCUAUCGUUCGCCCUCGUCGGAAUUGUGAGCAGCAAAACCGAGCCACAGCAGCAACAGAAGCCAGGAGCCGUAGUUUCGGAACUUGGGACGCAAUCGAACAGCACCAGCCUACGAGUCAUCCCAAGUUCAUCGUCAUACUUGGCUAGUUCGGAGGACUCGCUGGAAGAUGACGGCGGAGGAGACGAUGAUGAGGACGAGGCUGGAGGUGAGGAAGAGGAGGAGGAAGACGAGGAGGAUGACGAUGGCCCUGAUGAAGAGGAAGGGGAGGACGAAGCGAGUCUUGAAAGUAGUCACGACGAGGACGACGACGAGUACGAGGACGAACUACGAGCUCUCGUGUCGACGAGCAUGAAGCCGGAGGCGAAGACCGACAAGGAGGUGAGCGAGCUUUUGGAGUACAAAAGAAGGAAGAAGGAGAGUCAGCAACACGCGGCGAAGGACAAGCGCGUCCCAACGGUGAAAAAGGAGCUGAGCUCGCAGAAGGAAAUUCUGCUGGCCGACAAUGAAACGCAGGUACAGUCGUCGUCGAGCCAUCCGCAGAAAGCCGAGGUGGUACUCGUUGAACCGACGGCUAAGGAGUCCAUGAAGAACGAGUUGCAGGAGACGCUACCGAGUUACGAGGAGCAGCGCGAGUACAGCGUAGUUGGGCCCAGCGAAUUGCUCAGGAAGCAGAUCAAGAGACAAACUGCAUUGCUCAACGACCUCAAGGCUUACCUGAUGGACGAGUACGUCACAGAGCGCGAAAAGCUCCAGGAGCUUGGGGCCGAGGAGGGCUUACUGGCUGAGCGUCUAUUGAAAGUGCUGGCGGAAAAUUCCGGCUGGAGGCAGUUCUUGACGAACGUCGAAGCCAACCUGAACCUCUCACGGCAGGCGUUAGAGACGCAGAAGCGACUGGUGCAGGUCGCCAACCCGUUCCUCCAGGAGUCGACGUCGACGUUGACGACGUCGAUGCCGCUUUCGGCCGACGACCGGCCGACGCGCAAGCCUAAGAAAAAGAAAAAGAAGAAGAAGAAGCUGAGACACAGGAACAAGCCGUCGACCAGCGCGACCACGACGUCGAUCACGGAGGCGACGUCGAGCCCACUACCACCGGCGGUGAUGGCCACCACCGAGACGCCCUGGUCGAGCACUCAACCGUCCUCUGCCGUCAAGGCCAAAUGGAGACUCGUAGCGGAGAGACUUUUCCAGCAGCCCUGGUCCCAGGAUGAUCUUCGGGAGGACGAGUCGAACGUUGCUAAGGUGCGGUACUCGAUGCCGUCGAAACCUCGAACGCUGAGUCCAGCCCGCCGACCACUGGAUGACAAGGAGCGCGAGAGCUUGAAAGCUCUGAACUCGGAGCGACAAGCGCUUAUGUUGAAGGCAGCCCGCGAGUACUCGCAGCCGCGAUUCGUGCACUUCGGCAAGAUAAACACGCAUCAACAGACAUCCUCGGGCGAGGAUCUUGACGAUGGCGCUGGUUACGAUGCGAACGAUCGAGCCUACCAGCGAACGCACUUCGGCCAGCUGGUCUCUCCGUCGUCCUCUCGUCUGGCCUACACUCGACUCCGUGAGCCGAUGGUGCCCUAUCCCGAGCAAGUGCCACCAGUUCCGCCGCAGUACGACGUGAAUUUCGCACGAAACCAAGAGUACCUGCCGCCGGGACGAGACUUCGCCGCGAGCAAACCCUGGCAGGCUGGUAACCCGUUCCGUGGUGGAAGCAACGACGGUCCAUCCAAUAAGGGCCUUUGGAACUGGAGGCAGUUCUCCAGUGUGUCCAAGCCUUGGAUGCCUUGGCACUCGGAACGGGACUACUUCGCGAGGCUCGAGCAGGUGGAGGAGGAGACUGCCAAGGCUUGGCAGCAGGCGCAGCAACGACAGCAGCAGCAGAGCUGGAACCGCCAGAAUUUUAGGGAAAACCUCCCGCCGUGGUUGGAGGAGAAAGAAGUCCAGCGGAUGUUCCAUGCACAAGACUCUUGGCCAAAGCCAGACAAGUCUCGAGACUAUGGGAUGCACCGCAAGGAGGACGCCUCGACGUGGGAGAGCAGCCGAAACAACAAUGACAACAACAACAACGACUCCCAGCUGAAAAGCGUCGUGGACUCGAAGCACGAGGAGGAGUCGCCGAAACUGACGAUGAAGACGUGGAACAGCCUGACCUCGGAUCCUGCCACCUGGCCUUUCAAGCUUCCCGGUGCCAAGCCCUGGCCUAAGGACGAGAACGGAAAGUCCUACAACCCUAACGCGGAACUCGUGCGGAAACUCGGCCUCUAUUCCAAGAACGGAAGGUUACGACCGGACAAGGACCCGCUGAAGGAGCUGAAGCAGCAGAAACUUCAGAAGAGCGACAAACAGGGCGAACCAGUCCAAGCGAACGACACGAGGCUCUGGUCCGGCAAAGUAGCCCCUGUCACCGGUUCCAAGUGGAACGAGCCGGACAAGCAGCAGCAGACGUGGUACAACGGCAUGAAGAUCCACGAGAACUUCGAGGACGAUCACAAUCCCCACUGGAACAGCGAGAAGCUCCCGGCGGACGCGUGGAACUUGGCGAAAGCCGCGGCGGCAAACUGGGGCAGCGGCUGGCCCAACAAGUGGAAGCAGUUCGCUUACCACAAGGUCACGGCUCAGCCCACCUCCAAGUCGGGCGUGACGCUCGACAAGCCCGGCAAGAACGCGUUCAUCGCCGUGUCGGCGGUCUCGUCGCCCCGUUACAGCAACGAGUGGAGGAAGAACGACAUCGAGGAGAUUGGACAGGUCGGCCCUCUGUCGGCGUCGGUAGACCCGAACGAUCCCACCAGCCAGAUGAGGAUGAACGUGUGGAAGAAGAGCAGCUCGUUCAACGACACGGCUGUCCUGGAUAAAACCGCCAGGAUAGACGUCCUGGAAAAUCAGCUGGAAGAUCUGAAGGAGGAGGAAGGGCCCGUGCUGUUGGAAGUUAACGUUAGCAUUAAGAACUCUACCUUUCAUCAAACGUCCACACCAUCGUCCUCGACGUCGUCGACGUUGAGGGAAGUAUCAGAAAGCAGCGAGAAGAAAACCAAGGAUGCUCCUACUCCCAAGGAAAAGUAAAUCAUCGAGCUGAAGUAUUGGGAGAAAAAGUCUUGAUGGGAUUGACUAAAAAAUGUAUAAUUUUUUUCGCAAACGAACGAUUACAAAAAACAGUGCAUUCAUAUUGAUGUUAUUGGGACUUCAACAUUUUCAUUGUCUAUAAACCUAUCUCGUUUAUUCGAUUUUCACAAUCUGGCUCAAUGUUAAUCGGUGCUAUUCUGUCCCAAUGUUAUACUUCGAUGUGGCUUGUCAAUAUAAUUACAAAAGAUGUUGAAAUUCAUGGUAAUCGCGAUUGAGAAAAUCAACUUUCUGUUGGUGUCAACUAUUUUCAUUUGAGCGACAAAGCUGAAGAAUCAACGCAUUGUAUAUGUAUUUUGUAUAGUUAUAUAGGAGAUAGAUUAUACGAUAAUGAACUGUUAGUUACGACGUCAUGCUCUUGAAAAGUUUGUUUGUUAUAAACGAUACAGUCGAACCUUUUCAUAAAGUACGCAUUAAAGCCGCAUAGAUUUUGACAAAAACAAAAGACUUAAAAAAUUAAAGGUGUUUGAAAAAUUCUCAAAAAGAAUUAUACGCAUAAUUUGACUGACUUUUUAUAUCGAAAACGUAAUAUAAUACAAAUGCUCAAAUUUUUGGCAAUUUGAAUACUGUUAGAUAGUGAAAUAAAAAAAUUGUAUGUACAUCUUCCAAAGAUUUAUUUCGAUGUUUACGACUUAAUAUUGUCAAUAUGUUCAGAAACGUGAUAAAAAAUUUUCGUUCAUGAAUUAAAAAAUAUAAAAUACGUGGGUCGAUUGUAUCUUGCAAAAGUGGAAUGUUUGAAAAGUCGUAUAUUUUUGCGUUUCGUAUCGUGCACACCUAUAAACUUUGAUAUUAAGGUCGGAUGGGUAAAAAUGUAAAAUACAUCAAUGCCAUGGACGUUAACUUUUUCAAAAAAAUUCACUUGUAAAAUUUAUGUUCCGCUAUACAGCCUAAGAUAAAAAUAAAAAAGUUAUGGAG